UUUCAUUUUUUAAUAGUUUAAUUUUUUGCCGUAAGGCGCAAGUGGAAUCCUCGAAUCACGACGGAAGCGAUUCCAUGCUUUUCUAUAGAAUAGAAUAGAAUAGAAUGCUAUAUCUGAAAGCUUUAAUUGCUUGAAGCAGCGGCGAUCGAGAGAGGUGAGGGGGGAGGGGGUGGAGGGUGAAGGGAGAUGAGAGAGAUGGGGUUGAGAGGGUGCUUGUGGGAUACAGUGCCGUUUGCUGCUAUGGUGGCGGUGGAGUGCGCCAACAUUGGCCUCACCACUCUCAGUAAAGCAGCCAUGUCCAGAGGGAUGAAUACUUUUGUUUUCCUCACCUAUUCAUAUGGACUCGCCACUCUCUUCAUCCUCCCGCCUGCCUUCAUCUCCUUCAGGCAGAAAAGUGAAUCGCCCAAUCACUUUGUCGAUUCUCCGUAAAUUAUUACUCCUCGGUCUGUUAGGUUACUCGGGACAGAUCUUCUCAUACACAGGCAUCAGAUACAGUUCUCCCACUCUCUCCGCAGCAAUAAGCAAUCUCGUUCCAGUUUUCACCUUUCUGCUUGCCAUCAUUUUCAGGAUGGAAAAGCUAGAAUUGAGAAGCUCAAGCAGUCAGGCUAAGUCUAUAGGAACUAUAGUCUCAAUUGCAGGGGCAUUCGUAGUUACUCUCUAUAAGGGCCACACCAUUUUGAUGAUGACGACUUCAUCACCUUCUACCUCUCCUCAUCAUCUGCUUGUUACCACCUCACCAUCUAACUGGGUCAUUGGAGGGCUUUUCAUUGCAACCAGUUCUAUGCUGUUUGCAUUUUGGUACAUAUUACAGGCAAAUAUUGUGAAGGAGUACCCAGCUGAGGUGACUAUAACUUGUAUUUAUACCUUCUUUGUGACUAUUCAGUCUGCAGUCGUUUCUCUGAUCACAGAAAGAAAGCCAAGUGCAUGGAGUUUAAGUCCAGGCCUGGUGUUGAUUACCAUCCUCUAUUCAGCAUUUUUUGGGCCCACAUUCAGCACAGCCAUCCAUACAUGGUGUAUUCACAAGAGAGGUCCUGUUUAUGCUGCCAUGUUCAGGCCACUUGGGAUUGUCAUUGCAGUUGUUAUGGGAGUCCUCUUCCUUGGUGAUUCCCUUCGUCUUGGAAGCAUUUUGGGUUCAAUGAUAAUCAUUCUUGGAUUUUAUGGCGUGAUGUGGGGAAAAUCAGAAGAAAAUAAAUUGGUUGACGAUAAGGGAAUCAAUGGAUCUGAAUCCUCCACUCAAAAUGAGUAUCUUUUGCCGAAACAAUAUGGAGUUGAAUGGGAAAGCUUACUCUGUGUAUAAUGUAUUUGAUUUGUGAAGUUCUUAAAUGCAUAAUUGUGAGGGGCUUACAGCUUGAUGGCGUCCCAUGAUUGGGAAUUUGGAUCUUCAUAUAGAUUGUUCCAACCAGAGGAUUAGUAAAGCUAACAUUCACAUUGGAAAGGACCGAAAGCAUAGUCCCUGAAUUGAUAUGGUCGUGAACAGCACAAACUUGUUACUAUAGAAGCAAUGGUUGAUAUCACAGAACAAGAGGAUCUGCAAACAAUUGUUAACCUGAUUAUUAUAUAAUUCCCUUUUACUUUGGAUGUAAGAGUACCAAAAGGAGGAUAAAUAAAUCACUUUGUGAGGUUUCAAAUCCA